GAGGAGGCGCCGCCGCGGAGCCCCCGGACGCGACCAUGUCGGAGGUGCUGCCCUACGGUGACGAGAAGCUGAGCCCCUACGGCGACGGCGGCGACGUGGGCCAGAUCUUCUCAUGCCGCCUGCAGGACACCAACAACUUCUUCGGCGCCGGGCAGAACAAGCGGCCGCCCAAGCUGGGCCAGAUCGGUCGGAGCAAGCGUGUUGUUAUUGAAGAUGAUAGGAUUGAUGACGUGCUGAAAAAUAUGACCGACAAGGCACCUGCUGGUGUCUAACUCCCCCAAAGACAAUGAGUUAAGGGAGAGGAUAAGAAUGAGAACGGCGGUAACGGUUAUUGGCAAAAAGCAUGAAAAGAGAAAGCACUUUGAAAUUUAUUACUAGCUUGCUCCCCACGAUGAAAUCGACAACCUGUACCUCGUGUCAGGCGUGUCAGGCCGGGAGACAGAUGAGGCAUGAGAAAGAAAGAGAAGGAGGAGAAGGCCCUGGGCUCCUCUGCAAAAAUAAAAAUAAAAUAAAUACAUAAAAAUAAAAAUAAAAAGUCACUAUACACACACACACACACACACACAUAUAAAGAAAUAAAAGAAGUCUCAGUUGCAGCUAUUUGUCAAAAUUACUAUCCAUUUCUUUUUAUAUACAGUGAAUAUUGCGCAAUUAUAGAUCUGGAUUUUGAACCACUUAAUGAAGCGGCAACACCGGGUGUUUCGAGGUGUUGGCAUUCUUCGCUGAUUUGGCUGUUCCCAAUGUUUACAUUAUUUAAUCCUGCAAAAAUGAUUCUGUGCACUUGGAUGUGAAAUGCUGUCCAGUUUUUUUUUUUUUAAUGUUGUUAUCCUCGGAUGUACAAAACAAAAUCAGAAAAUUAUCUCUGUAGAUAUUGUUUUAUUUUGGUCAUAUUUUGAAUUGAUCAGGAAUGUGUUUAAAACAAGAGAACUUUUCUAAGGAAUGAUACAGAGAAAGGAUCCUUAUUUUAUUUUUAAAUGAAUUGUAAAGCUUGUGUUUCUUUGUUGCUGAAGCUAUUUGCCCAAGUUCAUGCAAAUGGACACAUUUUAUAUGUCAGAAAAAAAAAACACAUGAAAAACAGAAAAAAAUGCUCGAGCUUUUUCUAACCUCCCUCUGCAGUCUGUUGUGUGAGCAGCCUGUUUUUUUCCUCUAAUAU